AUGGCAGAAAACUGUACCUGGGAUGUCCACUCCACUGGCAGGAGCAAGGUGUGCCUCGAUGUGAGUGAAGGCCCGGGCCCCCACAGCCGCGGCUUCCUGACCAUCGAGCAGAUGGCCCCGCUGCCCCCGCCAGCGGUCAUGGACUACGUGUUCCUGCUGCUGUGCGCCUGUGGCCUGGUGGGCAACGGGCUGGUGCUGUGGUUCUUCGGCUUCUCCAUCAAGAGCAGCCCGUUCUCCGUGUACUUCCUGCACCUGGCGGGCGCCGACGGGGCCUACCUCUUCAGCAAGGCCGUGCUGGCGGCGCUGGGCGCGGGGGACCUGCACGGAGCCUUCGCCGACUAUGUGCGCGCCGCGGCCCGGCUGCUGGGCCUGUGCGCCUUCCUGGCCGGGGUGGCCCUGCUGCCCGCCGUCAGCACCGCGCGCUGCCUGGCCGUCGUCUGCCCCACCUGGUACUGGCGUCGCAGGCCCCGGCGCCUGUCGGCCGUGGUGGCCGCGGGCCUGUGGCUCCUGUCGCUGCUGGUCACCGGCCUGCACAACUACUUCUGCACCUUCGUGGCGCGCGAGGCCGCGGACGCCGCCUGCCCGCACGCCGACGCAGCCCUGGGCGCACUGGUGUUCCUGGUGGGCUGCCCGCUCAUGGUGCUGCCCUGCCUGGCGCUCGUCCUGCACGUCGAAUGCCGCGCGCGUCGGCGCCAGCGCUCUGCCAAGCUCAACCACCUCGUGCUGGCCAUGGUGGCCGUGUUCCUCGUGUCCUCCAUCUACCUGGGCAUCGACUGGUUCUUCUUCUGGGUCUUCCGCAUCCCCGCGCCCUUCCCCGAGUACGUCACCGACCUCUGCCUCUGCGUCCACUGCAGCGCCAAGCCCCUGCUCUACUUCCUGGCGGGCAGGGACCGCUCACAGCGCCUGUGGGAGCCCCUGCGGGUGGUCUUUCAGCGGGCGCUGCGCGAUGGGGCCGAGCUGGCCGAGGGCGCGGGAGGCACGUCCAACACGGUCACCAUGGAGAUGCAGGCCCCCCCUGGCUACCCCUCCUGA